AUGGCUCCAUACUCGUUCCAACCCGUUACUAUCAGUCAUAACCCCGGCGAGAAUGAGGCCACCACAGUGAUCCUGAAGCUAUGGUACAAUAAGGCCGAACUUGAGCAAAUAAUCGAGAAUCUGCCUCCGGGCUUGACAAUUAACUGCUGGACAAUUGUCCUUAGCAAACUCAAGGGUGUCGUUGGUAUGGAAAAUGUGGUUGUUGGCAAAGAAUUGCACAUCAACUGA